UUUAGGGGCCAACUUGAAAAAAUGUAUUUACCUUCCUAUAGGGCAGGAAAUGUGCUGCACACUUUAGGGGCAGGGUAGGUAUUGGAGCAGGUGUCCCAGGAUGACUUUGUGAAGUCCAGUUGUGGGAAUGGUGAUGACAAUGGCCAGAGAGUUCUAGGUCCUCUUCCCUGACCCCACAGGAGAGGUGUCAUUCUCCUGGAAGGGCUGUGGCCCUGUCAUGUCCUGAGGUCUGUAUGUCUCCAGCAGGAGUCAGGCCAGGAACUGCAGGACGGCUGGGUCCCUGCUGUGUUGCUGAGUCACCAAGCAGUGAGGGUGCAGACCCUUAGUUGACUGGAACCAUGGCUCAUUUUCUUAACCUUAGAACACUAAAUAGAAGAAAGGUGGUAGCUUUAGGGGGUGAAUAAUUCUACAAAACCACCUCUUAGUAUACUAUUUCCGGGUAGAAACAAUAUGAGGCAAUUGAUAGUUUCAUCAAAUUAAUAUACCCUCACUAUUUAGGAGACAUCAUCCUAGCAUCUGGGGCUUUGUAAGGGAAGUUAGGCACUCCAAAAUCUGAAUCUGGCCUUAGCCCCACCAGGAGAUUAUUCUCUGGGAGCAUCUGUACAAAGGUGGUGGUGGCCCCUCUGAUUGCCAUGUGAAGCUCUUGGUGGUGGCACACGGCCCGUGGGGGAAGAAGCCUGCGUGUAGGAUCCACGAAGAGAGCCUUACCGGGUCAAACCCUCCUUCCCCGGUUCUUGCUUUGCCCCUCUGCCUUCUGGUCUUUUGUGUGACCCCUUUCCUCUGACCAUGGAGAGUGGACUUGGCCCGAAGCACACUGUACCCCAGCGAGCGUGUUCUUUACUUACCCUGUCUUGGUGAGUUAUGGAAGGACUGUCUGUGAGAAGUGUUUUCUCUGAGAGUCACCUGGGAAAUGAAGUGAGUAGCAUUGUUGAGAAACGAACCCUUAUUUGGGGUCCAGAGUUGGAAGUCUGGCAAAGGAGGUAGAUUGUGUUUUGCUCCAUUUGUGAGGUCACCUGUCUAGGUCUGUGUUGUGCUUGCGGUGGCAGGACAGAAUAGGCAGGACGGGUGUCCCCACCUGGACAUCAGGAGCCCAAGAGCAGGUGGUGGUUGAGAGGUGAGCCUGACCUCUGCUCCCUGUGGGUGCACUUGGGGUGAGGGCAGGGCAGCCUCAGCUAACACGUGGCCUCCCAGUGGUGAUCUGGUGGGCAGAGGGCAGGCUGGCCAACGUUGGCUGAGUGACAUGGCAAGAGAGUGCAGGGAGAGGGUCCUGUUAGUCACCUAGGCUCCUCUGAUACCGCCUACCCCUCUACGUUGAAAUCCCUGCUUUGCCUCAGCUUGUGAUAAGCCAUUUCAUUCGUGCUUGGUGUCAGGAUUUCUCGGGAGUGUCAAGGUGUUGUAGGUGCCUGAUUGAACAAAACGUUGCCAGACUGAAGCUAAAUUAGGUUAAUUAUAAAUUGAGAUUUGACUUUGAAUGUCGGUGUGUAGAUGGGAAUCAGUCUUUUCUCCUACGUAUGCACAGCUUUGCGGUUUGAGUUGCUUUGUUUGUGUUCUGUCUUGUGGCUUGGCCUCCCUGUCCGACGGAUGGACACGUCACCAGGUCGUGCUGUGUGGCGAGUGACUCUUGUGCUUUCAGGAGGGGAGCAUUGCAUCCUGGGACGGUUGAGAACUUUUUGACUCUGGUUUAUUUCAGAGCUGGUUACCAAUGUCCAGUGAUGGAUGACGACAGCCUGGACGAGCUUGUGGACCGAAGCCCAGGGCUGGAUGGACACCCACGACUCAGCCCUGCUGCCCUGGCCAGCAAUGCUGAAGAAAGCAGUGACAGUACCAGUGGGGGCUCUGAAGAUGACACGGGCAGCGAGCGCAGCUACGGCACCGACGGAGAGGACGAGGACGGGGACCUCGAGGACCAGUCCGGUUCCGAAGAUUCUGAAGGAGGAGGAGGAGGAAGAGAAGAGGGCACAGAGGCGUUAGUGGCCGUGGUGGACGCUCAGGGGAAGUUGGAAGCCAGUGGCGCAUUUAAUUCUGAUGAUGAUUCCGAGAGCUGCCCGAUUUGUCUCAAUACUUUCAGAGACCAGGCUGUGGGGACACCAGAGAACUGUGCCCAUUAUUUCUGCCUGGAUUGUAUCGUCGAAUGGUCCAAGAAUGCCAAUUCCUGUCCAGUUGAUCGAACUAUAUUUAAAUGUAUUUGUAUCCGAGCCCGGUUUGGUGGUAAAAUCCUGAAGAAGAUUCCAGUGGAGAACGCCAGAGCCGGAGAGCAUGAGGAGGAAGACCCAACCUUUUGUGAGGUGUGCGGCAGGAGUGACCGGGAGGACCGUCUGCUCCUCUGUGAUGGCUGUGAUGCUGGGUGAGCCUGGGGCCCUUCUCGAGGCAGCUCCGGAAGCAGAUGAGCCGCCUCUGCUGUCCCGAGUCCCUGAUGAGUGGGAAGUCCCUCGGAACUGCUGAGCCCAGCCUCUGAGACUGGGGUUUUAAAUGAACCUGUUAGAGGGAAGUCCACAGGGUUGCUGUUCUGUGCUUCCCACCCACAGCUGUUCGCUGCUGUGGUCACUGAGGCCAAGCACCCUGUGUUCAGAACACCUGAACCCCAGGCCGCUGGUUGGUAGCCAGCAGG